GUUGUGCUGUAUUGAAGGAGGUGCUCGGUUGAUUUGCAUUCUGCUGGUGAUGCUUCUCCUGCUUGUUGGAUACACUAAUACGCCGUCUAUGAGCGCAUCACGAGACUGUGGAUGGAGGGGUUAUAUUUAGGCUCCGAGAGAAAAUAGCGGCGUUGGGUGAUUCCUCUGCAUGGUUGCUUGGUUUUGUCAAGGACCUGCUUGUGGAGACUUGCUUCAGGGGAGGAGGAGGAGGGGGCUGGCCGCUGCACAAAAAUACCAAAAUAGGAUAGAGCUGCCUGCGAUCGUCCCACAGGAGCUAAAUUGAGGUUCAUGUGUUUUGGAGAGGAGCGUUCAAAGUGAGUAGACCUACAUUGCCGAGGGUCAGCGAACAGCACGGGUUACUCAUGCAAAUAGGAUGAGAGAGACCAUGUCACAUAUGCAAGCUGAAAUCUACACACACGACUUCUAUGACAGUGAACACCCAGCAGAGGUCCUAGAUGCUCUCAGGCAUUUCUACGUCGGCGGCCUGUUUACCGACGUGACUCUACAAUGUGGCGAGUCCGGACAGGUGUUUCACUGCCACAAGGCGCUACUGUCAGCCCGCAGCUCCUAUUUCAAAGUCAUGUUCACAGCUGACAUGAGGGAGAGGUCGAACCGCGUCAUCAAACUAACCGGGGUAGACUGCGGGGUCCUGGGGGCUCUGGUUAACUACGUGUACACAGCUCAGGUGUGCAUCACCGAGAGCAAUGUGCAGAGCCUGCUGGAGGCUGCGGACCUCCUGCAGUUCAUCUCCGUCAAACGAGCGUGUGAGGAGUUUCUCAUUCGCCUCCUGGAUGUGGACAACUGCCUGGGGAUGCAAGCGUUUGCUGAGCUCCACCUGUGUCCCGGUCUGGAGAGGGAGGCCCGCAGGGUGACGCUGAACAGGUUCACGGAGCUCAUUCAGCAGGAAGAGUUCCUAGAGCUGGAUCAUGAGAAGAUGAGCUCGGUUCUGGCUGCUCAGAACCACCUCACCCUGCAGAAGGAUGAAGUGUUGAUAGAUGCCGUGGCCAGAUGGGUAACCCAUGACUUAGAUAAUCGCGUUCACUAUGCUGCAGAGUUGCUGCACACUAUCCAUCUGGACCUGGAUGAGGUUCACUUCAAGGCCACUUUGGAUGUGCACAGACAAUGCUUGCUGAACAGUGAAGGGGAAUUAAAAUCUAUGAUCAUUCAGGCUUUAAGGCCCAAUGGCAAGAAGGUGUCUGUAAGCAGAAAAAUGUCUUCCAGCAUGUAUGUCAUUGGUGGAUACUACUGGCACCCUCUUUGUGAAGUUCACAUAUGGGAUCCUGUCAGCAACACCUGGGUGCAAGGAAAAGACAUGCCUGGCCAUGCAAGAGAAAGCUACAGCGUCAGUAUACUUGGAGCAAAUAUCUAUGUGACCGGCGGUUACAGGACAAACACUGUUGAGGCUCUGGACACAGUUUCAAUUUAUAACUGUGAUUAUGAUGAAUGGACUGAGGGUUGUCCCAUGAACACAGCUAGAUACUACCAUUGCUGUGUGGCUUUGCACGGCUGUAUUUAUGCCAUCGGAGGCUACAGAGGAGGAGCUCCAGAGCAAGAGACAGAAUUUUAUGAUCCCUUGAAAAAGAAAUGGUUCCCUGUGGCCAAAAUGAUCCAAGGUGUAGGAAAUGCCACUGCCUGUGUAAUUGGAGAUAAAAUCUAUGUGACCGGAGGUCACUAUGGAUACAGAGGAAACUGCACCUAUGAAAAAAUCCAAGUUUACAGGCCAGAUGUCAAUGAGUGGAGUAUCAUAACAAUAACUCCCCAUCCAGAGUACGGGCUGUGUUCUGUGUCUCUCCACAACAAGCUGUAUUUGGUGGGUGGACAGACGACUGUCGCAGACUGCUACGACAUAGAGAGAGACGAAUGGAGGCCAGUAUCAGUGAUGAAGGAGAGGAGGAUGGAGUGUGGGGCAGCAGUAAUAAAUGGUUGUAUUUAUGUAACAGGGGGAUAUUCCUACUCAAAAGGGACAUAUCUGCAGAGCAUUGAGAAAUAUGACCCUCAGCUGGACUCUUGGGAGAUUGUGGGGACUCUUCCCAGCCCCACCAGAUCACAUGGAUGUGUUUGUGUUUUCAGUGUUUAGUGUCAAACCCAUAUCACAAAUGUUGUCAGUUUGUGCCAAAUGAAUCAAAUGGUGAACUGGAUUCUGUCAGUGUCAGUCAAGUGUUCAAAUGUCAGUUACACUAUAACACAAGAUGCAAAGUUAGCCCACGUUUUGCACUGGAUAACUGCCUUUAGACAGCUACACAUUUGCCAAACUGUGAAUAUAACAAAGAACAAGCAUUUCAUUUAAAACUCAGGGGCUUCACACUUACUGGUGAUUUUUUGUGUAUCUGUUUAAAUAGACUGAAUGGAACGACUGAAAAUUGAAAGGUGACCUUAUUUGAGUAUUAUUCAGAUGAACUUUACAUGUACACAGAAACCACCUCAGACUACUGAUGCACUAGAGGGCACUCCUAACAAUGUUUUCCUUUUUAAAUAGAACUGUACAACCUUACUUGAUUUAAUAAAUCACUAACCUUA